AUGGUCAACUUCCGCAACAUCGCGGCCACACUGGCUGCCGCGUCCGUCAUUGGCUCCGCAGUCGCUCAUCCUGGCGAGAUUCACACACCUGAGGAGAUCAAGCGCGAGAUUGAUGCUCACAAGGCCCAGCAGAUCAAGGCUCGUCGAUCUUUGGCUCAAUGUUCCAACUCUCCCGCUGCGCUCGCUCUCAAGGAGCGUGCCGUUGCCCGACGUGCCGCUGUCGCCCAAAAGCUCCGUGAGCAGCGCGGACUCACCAAGAAAUCUCUCAAGUCCAAGCGUGACCAAGCUGCUUUGGAGCAGUGGAGUGCCCUCAGCCAUGAUGUCUCCAGCACUGGCUAUACUCUCAACACUCCUCUUGAUACCAUCUUCGGCUCCAUCUCCACCUGCGCCCUGGUCCCUGAGGUCACCAUUGGACCGUACUUCGUUUCAGGCGAGCUGAUCCGCCAGGACGUUACCAAUGGCGAGGGUGGUGUUCCUCUUCACCUCGACCUGCAGUUCGUUGAUAUCUCCGACUGCACCGCCGUCGAAGAUCUCCUCAUCGAUCUUUGGCACUGCAAUGCCACUGGAGUCUACUCCGGUGUCUCUGCCACUGGCCAAGGCGGUCUCGACACCACGGCCUUCCGUGGUGUUCAGGCUACUGACGACGAUGGCGUUGCUCAGUUCGACACGAUUGUUCCUGGCCACUACACAGGCCGUGCUGUCCACGCCCAUCUCUUGGCUAGCGCUGAUGACACCAUUCUGUCGAACAGUACCUAUGAGGUCGGCACCGUCCGCCAUAUCGGCCAGCUGUUCUUCGACCAGUCGCUCAUCACUGAGGUCGAGGCUACUUCACCUUACAACACCAACUCUCAAAGUCUGACUCAGAACACCGCCGACAGCAUCGCCGCUGGGGAGGCCACCUCCGAGUACGACCCCUACGUCGACUACGUCUACCUCGGCGACUCCGUCGAGGAUGGUCUCUUGGGCUUCAUCACCAUCGGUAUCGACACCACUGCUGACUACACCGACAACUACACCCCGGCAGCUCACUAUGAGGAGGGCGGAGGUGUCGACACUGGCAACAGCGGAGGUGGUGGCGGAGGCGGAGGCGGCCCUGGUGGACCCCCUUAA